UCCAUGUAAAGCAUGUAAUUGCUUCAGAAACAUUUCUCAAAGAGAAAACCUCUCUCUCUCACUCUCUCUCUCUCUCUAAAACUUCUCUCUCCAUUCAGUCUUCAAUUUUCACUCUAAUUAGUAAGCUCUUUUUAUCUAGGAGAAGAAAGAAGUAAAAAAAAACCCUAAAAAUUCAAUCAAAGAAAACACGAUGGGAAGAGGAAAGAUUUUGAUCCGUAGGAUUGAUAAUUCAACAAGUAGGCAAGUGACUUUCUCAAAGCGAAGAAAUGGUUUGCUCAAGAAGGCUAAGGAGUUGUCCAUCCUUUGCGACGCAGAAGUUGGAGUUAUUAUCUUUUCUAGCACUGGCAAGCUCCAUGAAUACACAAGCACUAGCAUGAAAUCUGUGACCGAGCGAUACAACAACAUCAAAGAGGAUCAUCAUCAGCUGCCAAAUCCGACUUCGGAAGUCAAGUUUUGGCAAAAGGAAGCAGCAAGCUUGAGGCAACAGCUGCAGUUCUUGCAAGUAAGCCACAGGCAAUUGUUGGGAGAAGAUUUUUCUGGUUUGGGUGUCAAAGAUCUACAGAAUCUGGAAAAUCAACUGGAAAUGAGUCUGAAAGGUGUACGUAUGAGAAAGGGGCAAAUAUUAACUGAUGAAAUAAAAGAACUAAACUGGAAGGGGGUUCUCUUUCACCAGGAAAAUAUGGAGCUGCACAAGAAGGUGAACCUAAUCUGUCAAGAGAAUACAGAAUUGCAGAAAAAGGUCUUCGGAGCAGGAUCUGGGAAUGAAGCAAACAGAAGUGUUCCAUAUGGACUAAAUGGAAACGAUUUGCAUGCACCCAUCAAUCUAGAGUUAAGCCAGCCACAACCUCAGAAUAAUGAAGCAUCGGCAAAAGCAGUGAAUCUGGGGCUACACCUGCACUAGCAAAGCAAGUCACUGCAGUCAGCCACCCAUUGUCCCAAAGUCAUGACAAUCAGGCUUCUGGCAGUGACAUUUCGACUGGCUAUCAGAUUCAGUAUGACAUGAUCUACUGAACCACAUAUGGGAUUACUGUAAAAUGAUCAACUAAAUGACAGUUAUCCAUGUAAAGUUAUAGAAUAAGGAGACAAAUUGCAAUUCUAGCAGUUGUAAGCUUUAUAAUAUUAUUAUUGGAAUUGAUUACUGCUUGUUGUGUUUGAUAUAUAAAUAUUCAAAUGUAUCGAUUGGUCAGACA